AUGGAUGUUCUACUACAUAGCCAUUUACUUCUGGCCUCAGAACCCUCUGUAGUUGAAUCGUUGUCGGAUCAUCCAUUAUGUUGGGCGGCGUCUCAGAUUCUAUCAGGUAACAGUCAUGAAGUAAUUAACAAAUCUAUCAAAAAAGGUAUUGACAGUAAACUAAUCGAGAAAUCUAGUGAUAUUGAUGUUCUAAAACAAUGGGCACAUGAAAAUGUUCUAUCGAGUCACUCUUCUUCCGAAUCACUUGUCGUUGCCAUUGCUUUUUUACAGUGCUUUAUCCAGAAUAACUUUACAGGACAGGCUACACCAACCUCAUCUUAUGCGACGUUAUUCAACCAGGGUCAGAUUGACGAAUCUAAGAAUUCAAUCUUUUCAGAGCUGUUGAAUGUUUCAGGCCAAACUGCCUACGAGCUAUGCGAUGAUCCCGUCUAUUUGAUUUUGGCAUUGAUUUUGUUGGAAGAAUUAACAGAUGGGAAGACUUUAUUUGGCCUGGAUUCGUAUGACGAUGGUCAGGUGGCCAUUUCCAAAGAUAUGGACCCUACUACGGCACUAGCUUACUGGUGGAGAUCAAGAGCUAUUUUGGUACAGCUAUCCCUUGUGGCGGAACCAAAUGGCCAUCAUCCAAUCAUUGCCUCAUCAAUUUUGACUUCAAUCGAUUUGGCGCAUGCCAUCACACAAGCUUUACCAAGUGAAAUUGACGAAACGUUCAGAAAACAACUAUACAUCAUAUACUAUUUGGAAAAUUGUAGAUGUCUUCUUGCAGUCCAGACUGAACAUUUAUGUCUACCAUCCUUAACUAAGGUGAAAAAAUUGACCGACUUCGAAUUCGUCUUAACUGGUGCAAAAGCCAAACGCACCAAGUUUCAACAGAUUGCUCAUUCAGGACUUAUUAUUCUAGCAAAGUCUCACUCAAACAACGAAAGGUUUACAGAGGCUGAGUCUCCAGAUACUUUUGAAUUGGACUCGGAUCUACUAUUAGAGAAACCACAUUUUGAAGCCAUUGGUGAUGAACAUAUAGAUGAACAGAUAGUGAAAAAGCAAAAGUUGAACGACACAAAUGGAUUCCUUGAAGACAAAAUUCUCCCUGUUGCAAUCAGACAGGAGUUCAUUCCGCAAUCUUUGCAAGAGCUUGAUCCGAAUAAUCAACCUGCUUUGAGUCAAUAUGAUAAUAUUCAAUUACUUCUCAGACUAUACACAAUAAGACAGACAUCGCCCGCCAACAACCCUUUAACGGAAGAAGAGCUCAGUGCAUUAAUAGCGAGAGUCCUAUAUCAAGACGGUGCCAAAAACUGGACAGUUUUUUCACGUGCCUUAUGGGAAAGAUCGAUCGUAGAAACUAAAAGAGCUAAAACUGUGGAAAGAGGUUUGUUGCAAAUGCAAUCAUUGGUUGAGGAAUUGGGUUUACGAAUUACCACUAAAAUGAUACCAGAUAGAGCCAGUGACGUGGAAUCUACCAAGCAACGAUUGAAAUACAUACACCAGUUACCACUAAUCCCACGUUGGUCUCUUGAUGCUACGUUAGCCGAAAAAUACAUGUCUCUAGGUAUUCUAAGAUCAGCGGUUGAAAUAUACGAGAGAUUGCAUAUGGCAUGCGAAGCCGCAUUAUGCUAUGCAGCCGUGGGUGAUGAAAAACAAGCUGAACAAAUCCUGGUAAAUUGUAUUGAGAGAAACCCUAAAGAUGCUCGUGCUUACUCCAUUCUAGGUGACAUUAGGCAAGAUCCAAGUCUAUGGGAAAAAAGUUGGGAAAUUGGGAAAUACGUGAAUGCAAAGAACUCACUCGGAAGGUAUUACUAUAACCCCCCCAAGGGCUCUGGCUUGGAACGGGACUAUACAGCAGCUUUGAAGCAUUUGAAUGAUUCACUAAGAAUAUCCCCACUAAGUUUCGACACAUGGUACUUCUAUGGUUGCAUUGGUCUUGAAUGUGGUAAAAUGAAUUUGGCAGCAGAAGCUUUUUCAAGAUGUGUGGCUCUUGACGAAACGCAUUCGUUAUCGUGGUCAAAUUUGAGCGCAGCUUAUGUGCAGCUCGAUAAAUUAAAGGAGGCUCAUAGUUGUUUGAAGCGCGCCAUUUCUUCCGAUGCUCGUAAGAAUUGGAGAAUCUGGGAUAAUUAUAUGAUCGUCUCUAUGAAACUUGGUGAAUGGGAAGAUGUGUUACUUGCGUUUAGAAAUCUUGUUGACUUAAGAAAGGACAAAAAUGGUGAGAUGAGCAUUGAGCUACCUAUUUUGGAAAAACUCAUUGAGAUUUUAGUUGCCACUGAUUACCCAACCGACUCAUCACAAAGAUUAACUCACUAUCAACAAUCUUGUUUGGAGUUUGUCUGUGAUAUUUUGCCUUCUUUAGUAACAACUUCCGUGAGACUUUGGAAACUUGUUGCUAAGGUCGAACUAUGGAGAAGAAGACCUUGGAUGGCGUUAGCUUGUCACGAAAAAGCAUUCAGAGCCAUUUCCCACAAUCCUGAUUUGACCAUAGAUGAGAAAGUCUGGAAUGAGAGUGUUGACGUAUGCGAUGACCUUGUUGCAGCAUAUGAAUCACUUGGUGAAAUGGAAGGAAAGCAUGGGGCAGGAGACGUCGUAUGCCAAAAUUGGAGGUAUAAGGCUCGUUCGUCCAUCAAGACUUUAAUGAGUCGAGGUAAAAAUUACUGGGAGGACUCUGACGGUUGGGAUCGUCUUAUGGAUUUAAAAUCAACCCUAUAA